CGUUUCAGAUUGGAAACAUUUGCAGUAGUUUUUUUAGCAGUGGUAAAAACCGUACUUAGCGAUGAUUUAUUCAAAUUACCGGCUUCGUUUACCGAGGUAGGCGACAGCCCCCAAUUGGACGCUUUUAGUGAAUACGAUCUUCUCCGUGCCAUUUCCAUACCUUUCCCGGACUCGAAGACGCAGUACGUGGACGAGGACGGUCACGACGGCUUCCCAGCGUUCGGAUUUAGAGCCGGAUCAGACGUGAAAAUCGCCCACAGGCAAAUACUGCCCGAGAAACUUAGCUCCGAGUUUUCGAUAUUAAUAAGCGCCAAGCCGAAGACCAGACGGGCCGCAUUCAUCUUUGCAGUCGUUAAUCCCUACGACACGGUAGUCGAGUUGGGGGUCAGAAUAGCCCCGGAGAGCCAUUCCACCAGCCUGCUGAGCCUCUUCUACACGGACUCCACCCAGAUCACGUCGCAUAGCAUCGCCAACUUCACCGUGCCGAAGUUCCACAACAAAUGGAUAAGGUUCGCGUUCCGGGUGGGCCUCGAGAACGUCACAUUGUUCUUCAACUGCAACGAAACGGAGACUGUUUUAGUCCGCAGGAGCCCCUUGGAAUUGGGCUUCGAUUCGGCGUCGACUUUGUACCUGGCUCAAGCCGGGCCCAAAUUCGGUGAACCGUACGAGGGCGCCCUGGAUGAGCUGAAAAUAUUCGGAGAUCCGAAUAUGGCGUCGGAGCAAUGCAAAACGGAUUUUCAGGGUUUUAAUGUACUCGGAGACGAAGACACGAAUAAUGCAGUCGAAAGAAUGGACUACGAUGGGACUUACAGAGAAGGAAGCGGCACCGACGAAAUCGGCGCCUUCCCACCGCCUCCGCCUCCCCUUGAUGGUAAGAGUUGCUUUUGCGAUAAAGAAAAUUGUUGUAACGUUCUUUCUGAUGCCGAUAAAGCUGCCGGAUACUAUCGAGGCGAAAAGGGCGAUAGAGGAUCAAGGGGACCUCCGGGUGAAUCGAUUAGAGGACCGCCAGGACCACCAGGACCUCCUGGAUUACCCGGUAUUCCGGCACCUGAGGCGGUUUGCUCCUGCAACAUCACAUCCAUACUUAGCAGCAUAUCCGGCCAGGCGAACUUGCCGUUCACGCCUGCCGAGGCCAGAGCCGGACCGCCCGGGUUGACCGGACUACCCGGAUCUCCUGGCGACAUCGGUCCUGUCGGUCCGCCCGGAGAAAAAGGCGAGAGAGGCGACAGAGGCCCGGCCGGCAUCGACGGCCUGCGCGGCCUCAAAGGAGAACCUGGAAGAGACGGAACACCCGGAACACCCGGUCCGCCGGGACCCCCGGGACCACCUGGUCCCGUGGAAUUCGAGAAUGUUGAUCCGAGUUGGAAACCUAGAGGACCUUUCAAGGAAACCGUGUUGGGAGGUUCGAUGGUCCGGCCCGGCGUGCCGGGGCCCAAAGGCGAUCCGGGAAAACAGGGUCCUGUGGGAGUUAAAGGCGAAAAAGGUGCGCCUGGAUCCAAAGGUGCAUUGGGAGAACCAGGUCUCAAAGGCGAAAGAGGAGAUAGAGGAUUUCCAGGCGACAAGGGAUCCCAAGGCAAGAAGGGAGACGACGGCUCGCCAGGACUCGACGGUAUACCCGGAAAUCCGGGUAAAAACGGCGAAAAGGGCGAUAAAGGGGACACGGGAAACCCAGGACCUCCCGGUCCACCCGGAAUCUCUGGUAUACAUGUUGCAGGUGACACCGCAGAAGAUAUUAUUAAACUAUUACCCAGCAUGCCAGGGGAAAAAGGUGAUCCGGGCGUUGCAGGACCUAAAGGUGACAAAGGAGAUCCAGGAAUGGAUGGGAUACCAGGUGCAAUGGCCAUGCCUGGUGAAAAGGGUGAACCUGGUUUGGAUGGAGCAGUCGGACCAGUUGGACAACCAGGAUCCAAAGGGGAAAAAGGAGAGCGUGGACCUCCUGGAACAAUCUUAACAGCAGAAGGAGGGGAUGGUGUAAUCACCGUUAAAGGUCAGAAAGGUGAUAUGGGCAAAAGGGGUAGAAGAGGCAAACCCGGACCAGUGGGACCGCCUGGAAAGCCUGGACAAAUCGGAGAAAUCGGUCUACCGGGCUGGAUGGCCGCCCAACAGAAUUCGAAAGGACGGCCGGGAAUACCGGGAGUUCCGGGCAACAAAGGAACAAAAGGGGACUUCGGAUCGAAAGGAGAUAGAGGCCCGAAAGGCGAUCAGGGCCUGCCUGGCAAGGACGGCAUUCAAGGACCCCCCGGUCCUCCGGGAGCCGGAUCGAGCGACGAAUCUACGAGAUACAUCCCGGUUCCGGGACCGCCCGGUCCGCCGGGUCCACCCGGUCCGCACGGAGUGCCCGGAUUAUCUAUAACAGGACCCAAAGGAGAGCCGGGCAGCCCCAGUUACGGGGAAGCGAUACAUUACAGCCGACCAGGACCGAAAACCAGCUUGGAGGAACUUAAAGCUCUGAGGGAAUUGAAAGAGCUGAGGGAUUUGAAGUCAGGCAGGGCCACCGCCACCCCGCCCGUUCACAACCCCACGGACCAGCAAAUUGCAGCGGCGCACGUCGUUCCAGGCGCGGUCACCUUCCAAAACAAAAGCGCCAUGACCAAAAUGACCUCGGCCAGCCCGGUCGGAACUUUGGCCUAUGUUAUCGAAGAAGAGGCGCUCCUUGUCAGGGUUAAUAAUGGCUGGCAAUACGUCGCGUUGGGUUCGCUGUUGCCGGUCACGACGCCAGCUCCCCCGACGACGGCCACACCCCAAAUUAGGCCCCCCUUCGAGGCGAGCAAUCUCAUCAAUCACAUAUCCAAGCCGGCGGACGUUUCGCACUGGUAUCCAAAAAUGCUGAGGUUGGCGGCCUUGAACGAGGCGUACACCGGCGACAUCCACGGCGUCAGAGGCGCCGAUUACGCCUGUUAUCGCGAGGCCCGGAGGGCCGGCCUGCGGGGCACUUUCAGGGCGCUGCUCUCUUCCCGCGUGCAGAACGUAGAUUCCAUCGUCCGACAAGCCGAUCGGAAAUUGCCGGUUUGCAAUCUGCGAGGAGAGGUGCUCUUUAAUUCCUGGAGCGACGUGUUUAAGGGAGACGGUGGCCCGUUCCCGCACCCGCCCCGAAUAUACUCCUUCAGCGGCAAGAACGUGAUGAGCGACUUCUCGUGGCCGAUAAAAGCGGUCUGGCACGGGGCGCUCCUGAACGGCGAGCGAGCCUUGGACACGUCCUGCGACGCCUGGCAGACCUCCUCCCGGGACAAGGUCGGCCUGGCGGGCAGCCUGAAGGGGCCCCGGCUGCUCGAGCAGUCGCCCUACUCCUGCGACAAGAGGCUCAUACUGCUCUGCAUCGAAGCCACCACGGAGCAGUUCUUGCAGCGGAGACGGCGGGACGUCGAGGAAAGUGAGGAUCUGCUCAACGAAACCGACUACUACAACCUAUUGAAUUCCAUUCAUUGA